AACUUUGUGGCAUCGGCUCUUACAGCCGCGAUGGAUUCCGAUCUAGAAUCCCCCUGUGUGACGGAUGCUGUAGCGGAAUACUCGGCGAAGAUGAUUGAUGUGUGGGAGAGUGAAGAGUGUGAACGCGCCAUGGCUGUGUUGGGUCCGGGGAAGACACCUUUCAAUGUCGGCAAUGCACAAAAGGUUAUGGAUAUUAACACGUUCCACAACCGUGCCGGCCACUUGUCCGAACCCAUUUUGAGACUGUCCGCGAAGCAGCACGGGAUUACCCUCACGGGCACGAUGGACAGCUGUCGAUGGUGCUUGCCGGCGCGAGGGACGAGGGCGCCGGUGCCGAAGCAGGGGGGCGGGUACCGCGGCAAGAGGGCGCCGAACGACGUGUUCCGCAUCGACCUCUGCGGCGGGUACACGGCGACGAUCGGUGGCAACCACUAUGUGCUCUUCGGUGUGGACGCCGCCACGGUAUGGAUGGUCUGCUACGCCAUGCGGCGUAAGUCGGAGGCGCUAGCGGUCGUCAAGCGCAUGGUCGUGGAUGCCGCCCACAAGGCUGGUACCGCGAUCAAGCGCAUCCGCUGCGACUGCGAUGCCCUCUGGACCAGCAGCGACUUCAAGGAGUUCUGUGCCGGCAUGGGGAUCGCGCUCGAGUACUACCCUCCCGGCGUGCAGCAGUACAACGGCGUCGUCGAGAGCGCCGUCCAGAGGUGCCUUAAGGUGGCCAAGGCAUCCCCCCGGGCCGCCCAGGAGCUGCUUGGCCCCGCAGGAUUUUCUCGUGUCAGCGGGCUGAGUGUUCGUGGCGAUGAGCUCUGGGCGGAGUCCGCAAAAGACGCCGCGCAGAAACUGAACCAGUCAGCAUCUCCUUCCAACCCCGGGGGUGCGUCGCCGCAGGAACUUUACACCGGCAAGGGAGGCCCUUUUCGCUUGGUCCCGUUCUUCCAGUACGGUUUCGUGUGGGAGCGGCCGGCAACGAAAAUGGACGACAGGGCCGUGCCGUGUUUUUUCCUCAACGCCGGGGACAACCACGCCGACGUCACCGUUAAGGUGCUCAAGGAGAGGACCGGCUACGUGUGCUACACCUCGAAUGUAGCGUGGGCGGCGCUCCCGCCGUCGGGGGGGAGGUGGGAGUGCAAUGCUUCACCAACCCCCUCCGCGGGGACUCUACCCACACCCCAGCAUCUACCCUUCGAGAUCGUCGCUUCGCCGCCGGCUGCCGCUGCCGCCGCCGGACCGUCGCUGUCGCCGCCGCCUUCGGGGCCCGCGUUGUGGCCCGCGCCUUCGACUGGUGCUGCCGCUCCGCCGCUCCCGAGGCCGCCCGCGCCAUCGACAUCCGUCGCUCCACCGCCGCCCGCUGCCGCUGCCGCCGCCGGACCGUCGCCGUCGCCGCCGCCUCCGGGGCCCGCGUUGUGGCCCGCGCCUUCGCCUGCUGUGCGCGAGAUGGAGCCGCCUCUUUUGCGACCCGACAUGCCGCGCUGCCACGCCAAGGACCUCCGAGUACCCCAGACUUUCAAAGAGGCAAAGCAGAGCGAGCACAGCGAGCAGUUCAUGGAUGCGACCAAGCGUGAGGCUUUUGUGAGGGCCCCUCUCAAGGAAGAUAUCUUCAUGCGACUACCGGAAGGAUGUGGUGCGUUGUCGGGGAAGAUAGUGCAGUUGAACAAGAGCCUUUAUGACUUGAGGCAGGCAUCUAGAGAGUGGUACGCGUUACUGAAGAAGUGCCUUUUGGCUUUGGGGUUCGAGCAGUGCAUGGCUGAUUCGUGUGUUUUUCAUUUAGUCGAAGGGGGGGAAGUAGUGUUGCUUCUUGUAGUACACGUAGACGAUAUUUUUGCAGUGGGGACGAAGGAGAGGUGUGAUCAAUUCGGCAAGGACCUGGGAGAGUACGUGCCAGUAAAGUCUCUAAGGGAGUUGAAGUGGUACUCUGGUGGCUAUUACGAGAGGGACAGAGAGGCAGGCAGGCUGACGAUUUCACAGCAGACAUACACCGAAGAGCUGGGAGAGAGAUAUGGUGUCGAGUGGGGGGGGGGCAUUCCUUUGCCCACCACCUGGAAACUUUGGGACUUCGACUUGGACAAGCCGAGCGUAGAGUACCCUUUUCGCGCGCUGGUCGGUUCGCUGUUGUGGAUUGCCCUGUUAACUAGGCCGGAUAUCGCGAAUUCGGUGAGAGCAGUGGCGAGGUAUUGCAGUGCACCGACGUUGAUCCACUGGAAGGCUGCACGAAGCAUUUUAGGAUAUGUAGUUAGGGCUAGUUCUUUGGGGACUUCGUUUCAGAGGGGGACAGUUUCGGGAUCUUCUUUGAUUGCGUUUGUCGACGCGGACUACGCUUCCCGUGCGGCACACCGUAGGUCGGUUUCGGGAGGGGUAGUGAUGUAUGCAGGAGGGGCGAUUGCAUGGUUCUCCAAGACUCAAAAGUGUGUGACUUUGUCUACCACGCAGGCAGAAUACGUGGCGAUGGCGGACAUGGGGAUGGAGAUGAUUUUGUUUUUGAGGCAGGUUUGGCGUUUCAUGUUGCCUAAGGAAUUGCGGCCGUGCAUUCCACUGUAUGAAGAUAACGAAGGGACUAUCAAGAUCGCAAAACACCCGAUCUCGAAUUCCAACUCGAAGCACAUCGAAGUGCGGCAUCACUUCCUCAGGCAGCUCGUAGAUGAGAAAGAGGUAGAGAUCAUCCACGUAGCGUCGAAGUAUCAGCAUGCCGACUUCCUCACGAAGGCGCUACCUGAGAGAGAGUUUGCUUCCCACCGGGACUACGUGAUGAACUUGAAGUGA